UUAGUUUUUUAAAUAUAAGAUUCAUAAAUUAUCAUCAUAAAGUUAUCACUACAUAUUACUAGUACAUUACAAAGGCCUCUCACCUUCCCUUCCUCUUUACUAAACCUCAUCGAAACCAAAAAGAUAAAAAUAAGCCCAACCUCUCAACCACCUAACAACCUAGUAUCUCUCUUUACCACAUUAAUACAAUUUCACUCCCUUAAUUUACAGUUCUUCUCUCUCUCUCUCUCAUGGCAAAAGCUUAAAAGAGAAGGAAAAAAAGCUGAGGACAUCCCCAAUCAUAGCACACAUGCAAAUUCACCACCAUCCACUUUUUCAUCUCUUCCCUCUUUCACCAUUCACCACCCACAAAACCUAAACUUUAAUCUAUCCAAAUCUCAUCCUCUCUUUCACUCUAUUCAUCCUUAACAUUAAUUCAAAAUAUCAAAAACAAACAAACCCCAAUCCCCCCAUUUUGUUCCUCCAAAAAAAAAACCCCAAAAUCACCCAUUUCUCAAUCCCCACAAUCUUCAACCAAAAAAACCCCCAAAAUCCUCCCUUUCUUCAAACCCAUUUCUCAUUUCCCCAAGAUCCCAAAAAAGAAAGAAGAAUCACUAGAAGAUCAAAGAUAGUAUUUUUUUUUCAAUCUCCCACCUUCAAUGUGGCGACCGUGGGGAAAAUCAACGUCUCGGAUUCACAGCUCCUCUUCAUCCUCAUUACCCUCUUCCCCAUUCUCUUGUUCUUCCUUCAAAGACAUUCAAACCCUUUGUCUCGAUGAACCACCUCAACAAUCCUUACCUUCUUCACCAACCCCAAAAUACCCUAUUUUCCAAAGAGUCCUACUCGCCAACUCGCUCCUCCGAACCUGGUCAAAUCAACUCCACCAACAACCACACAGAUUACCCAGAACCCGCUCUCACCCAGAACCAAGCUCCGAACCAAAACCAUCACCAUCAACACCAGAACCAGAUCAAGAACCAGAACAAGAACCAUCACGCAAUGAAUCCACCCACGCGCCACCGCUACUCUCUCCAACUCCAUCACUCCCGCCACCGAUUUACUUUCCGGGAACAGAACAGCGCGUGGUCAUCUACUUCACAAGCCUGCGCGUGGUGAGACCCAUCUUCGAAGACUGCAAAAGCGCACUCGCGAUCCUUCGUGCCUUCCGCGUUAACCUCGACGAACGCGAUGUGACCAUGGAUUCCUCCUUUUUGACCGAACUGAACCGGAUAAUGGGUCGAACCGGUUUAAAACUGCCACGUGUAUUCAUCAACGGAAGAUACGUUGGUGGAGGCGAAGAGAUUAGAACAAUGCACGAGAUUGGCGAGCUCAAGAAGUUACUCGAAGACUUGCCCGUAGUGGAUCCAACUGAAUGCCACGUGUGCGGGGGUCACAGGUUCGUUCUGUGCAACGUGUGUAACGGUAGCAAGAAGGUGUAUACAGAUAAAGCUGGGUUUAAAAUUUGUAUUGUUUGCAAUGAAAAUGGUCUUCUUAGGUGCCCUCCUUGUUUUUCUUUUGAUUUAAUUAACAAUGAAAAAAUUGAAUGAGAAUUUUUUUUUUAAUUUUUUUUCAUUGAUUAGGUUAAUUUAGUUUUAGUGUUUGAUGUAUAGGUCUAACAAUGUAUGAUAUUUUGAGUGUGUUUCUAUCUCACUCUGAAAAUGGUUAAUAUUUUUAAGACCAUAUGUUAGAUAAUUUGUUUUGUUUUUAUUAAAUUUUAACAUUUUUGCUUGUAAUUUUAUUAAUAUUUUUUGGAUUC